AUGGAAAAACUGAACUUGGAUGGGAAGAGGAAGGCCGAGCUAGUAAACUCACUCCAUGAAAAGGUACGAGAGCAAAUUGAGAAGAAGAGUAAGCACUAUGUAGAGCAAGCAAACAAGGGCAGGAAGAUUGUUACAUUCGAACCAGGAGAUUGGAUUUGGGUGUAUUUCAGGAAAGAGCGAUUUCCAGAACAAAGAAAAUCAAAGUUGUUGCCACAGGGAGAUGGACCGUUUCAAGUGCUUAAGAAGAUCAAUGACAACACAUACAAAUUAGAUCUCCCAGCUGAGUAUAACGUUUCAGCAACUUUUAAUGUAUUUAAUCUUUCUCUCUUUCAUGCAGGUACAGAUUUGAGGAUGAAUCCUUUCGAAGAAGGAAGAGAUGAUGUGAGCCAAAGGUCACAAGCGUCAAAGUCAAGUCCAACGUCAAGCCCUAAGAAAGAUCCGUUGAUAGUUGAGGGCGGUCCGAUGACUCGAGCAAGGACGAAGCGAGUAGAAGAGGCGAUGAGAUUGCUCGUCAAGGCAACUAUUGAUGAAAUCAUGUUCGGGGCUCAAAAUGGGACAAGUUUCAUGUUGGGGUCGAAGGCCCAGGAGACUUGGAUCAACAUGUUAAAGGCGGACGAAAAUAGAGUGGAGAGCCAAAGCUGUGCGACCGCACAGCACAAUUGGCCUACGGUCGCACAGACCUAG